AUCUAGAUCAAUACCAGUCUAGAAUCUAGAUCUAGAUUUUCUAGUUUACAAGUGACAUUCACAAUGUAUUCAAGAGAAAAAGGUUACGAUUUAUUUGAAGAUGAAGAUGAUGAUAGCUUGUCAGACGCAAAUGGAACUAGCUCGGAUGAUGAAAUAGAUAUUAUUCUCCAUGGUACACCAGAGCAACGCAAGAAGCUGAAGCAGUCCUACAGAAAGAAACAUCAGGGCCAGCAACAGAGCAAAAAAUCAAAUCUGACCUCCAAGUCAUCAAGUGAAGAUGAGUUUGAGAAAGAAAUGAAUUCUGAGCUCAAUAAGCAAGUUCAAGUCUUAGAAAGCAACAGAGACAGAGGCAUAAUGAGAGCCAUCACAUCUACUUCUGCUGCUGACACUGGAGUGUCCACAUUACAGGUCUCAAAAAAAACUGCGUCACAGUUUUACGAUGGUGCAUAUUUUGACUCUGAUGAAGAAGAUGAUGCUGAAAUUAAUAAACAUACUGUUGUCUCGAAUGAUGACCUUUUAUACGACCCUGAUAUGGAUGAUGAAGAUCAGAAAUGGGUUGAUAAGCAGAGGAAUCACGGGCUCUCCAGAGAUUCCAAUAGCAAAGGGAUGAAAGCCCCGAAUAGUGAUGCACUGUUGGACUGUCCAGCUUGUAUGACUACUCUGUGUUUAGACUGCCAGAGGCAUGAAGUCUACAGAAAUCAAUACAGGGCAAUGUUUGUCAUGAACUGUACACCAGACCCAUCCGAGUCUUUAGAGUGUCCUGAACAGGCAACGAAAAAGAGGAAGAAGAAAAAGGGAUCCCAGUCCUCAAACAGUCAAACUUCUGGAAACUCAUUGUCGUCUGAUGUCUUCCAUCCAGUCAAAUGUAAUGAAUGUAAAACAGUGGUUGGUGUAAUUGACUCAGAGGAAGUGUAUCAUUUCUUUAAUGUGUUAGCAAGUUAUACCUAGAAUUGUGGUGUCACCUGUUCGACUAUAGUAAAAGGUUUUACAAAAGGCUUAAACAAUGUUGUUUAUUAAGAGAUAUUGUAGUCUAGUAGCAAUAAAAUUUACUUUGGGUUAUAAUCCUUAUGAAGUGUAUUUUUUUCAAGAUUUUGGGACAUGAUCAUAUUUAGGCUACCAUUAAAUGAAAUUCUGUCAUUGUAGUCAUGAAGUUAAAUUUGGGUUUUACCACUGCUGAUGGAUAGAGUUGUCAUCCAAGAUUUCAGGACAUGAUCAUAUUCCGACUUCAUAAAAUUUUGUCAAGUAGCAAUGAAAUUCACUUUGGGGUUUAAUACUAGUGGUCAUAUUCUGGCUAUAUAAAUUUCUUCACUGGUUCACAUCUUUGACUUAAAGGGAGCUGUGUUGUUUUUUUUUUGUUUUUUUAUUUAUGUAUAUUUAACGUUGAUUGGAAAUGUACUUUUUUCAAGCUAUGUACAUGUAGGCUGAUUUGGGUUACCGCUUUUUAUGCAAAACAACAAACAUAUAAGUCUUUGUGUCUUACUUCCUUGUGGGACAACUAAAUAUGUGUGAUAUGCGCUCUGGACUGUCAUCUCAAAGGUCCCUAGGUUCGAACCCUGCCUCCCACUAUACCUAGCCUUCCUGGAGGAGAUUUGGGCUAAGAUGUAACAAUCGUUAAUUCUGAAGGAACAUCUGAAACAUGUUAACAUUGCAUUGUUAUAUAUGACCUGAGGGCAACAUAUAUCUAAACUAUAGGACUUCAUUUUUGUUGUAUGUAAUUAGUCAUUAGGUGAUUGUCAAUUGAAUAUGUUGGUAAAGACAAUACAAGUAUUGAAAAGUGACCAAAAAAAAAUAUAUGUAUUGUCUUGAAGCUGUACAUAGUUUAUAUUAUUUGAUGUGGUUACUUUCACCUUUUGUUUGUUUUUUCAAUAAAACUAAUAAAAAUAU